AUGUCGACAUACACAAUCAACGCAGCAAAACAUGUAACGCCAGAAUUCCUACCACUAUUCCAAAAAGCGACAGGCGAUGCAUUCGUCACCGGCGAAGUAUUCGAUAAGUCUAUGGAGAGAAUCUGCGGCUACCAGGACCAUUUAACAAACGCUCCCAACUAUCCCACCUACUUCUCCAUCCUAUAUGCCUUUACAAGAGGGAAUACCAGCUCCCUACCGGACCAAGUGGAAAUCAUGAAGCACAAUUGUCGUGACCUCGCCAAAAACGUCAUUGCCUUCACAAUCCUCUGUGAUGGCACCCCAAUGGUAUACCAAGGUCGAGAGCAACACUUCUCUGGCGCCCACGACCCCGACAACCGCGAAGCCCUCUGGCUCUCCGACUACGACACCAACACACCACUCUAUGAACUAAUAGCCACCCUCAACACGCUUCGCAAACAUGCAUCUCCGGUAGAUCCAGAAUACCUCAAUACCCAGGCAUCGCCCAUCUUGAAAGGCCUAGGCGAGAUGGCUUUCGUAAAGUGA